CCGAGCUCCAAUCACCAGUUCCUUCUGCAAAGGCAGUCUCUGCAUUUUUGUCUUUCUGUAUGCUAACAUGGCGAAAAUAGACUGAUAUGAAGCAAUAAUAAUAAAAAUAACAACAACAAAAAUAGGGGAAAUGUGAAAAUACGGCAUCAAACACUUUCAUGGCGAACAAAAGUCCGAUGCGAAAGGAGGGGAACCAGCACUCCUUUGCCCCAGAAAAUCUUGGAUCAAAAUGUCCGUGCCAUUGAAGAGUCCCCUGUGCUUUCUUUGCUGGGCAGAGAGUACCUUUCCGCUUAACUCAAGGUGUGCCACCCUGGUUUUCUUAAUCUUUGGGACAGCUGAUAGUGGAAAAGACAACUGACUACCCUUCCACGGAGUUCUCAUUGGUGGAAGAUGUUGCGCUUCACUUCACUUGUUUGAUGGACAGACUGAAUGAGCAACGUCUGUUUCAGCCCAGCCUCUGUGAUGUAGACAUUGUGCUGGUACGCCAAAAGAACACGUUUCCGGCCCACAAAGGGGUGCUGGCAGCCUACAGUCAGUUCUUCCACUCGCUUUUCACCCAGAACAAGCAACUCCAGAGGGUAGACCUGUCGCUGGAAGCCCUCACCUCACAGGGCCUGCAGCAGAUCCUCAACUUCAUCUACACCUCCAAGCUGCUGGUCAACGCCUGCAACGUGCAGGACGUCUUGAACGCUGCCGCCGUGCUCCAGAUGAGUGACAUCGCCAGCUCCUGCCAAGAGCUCAUUAGCAGCCGCUCCCUCAGCCUCAACCUGGACAUGGCCAAAUCGGAAGGGCGCAGCAACCCCAUCCCUUCCCAGUACUACCGGGAAAUCAAGCAGGAGGUGGACAUGAGCCAUGCCAAGAUCUAUGCCCGGGAGGGCAACAACCCUUACUCUGUGCGCGUGGAGGACGGCUCGGGCAAGUCGCACCAUGCCAGCAUCCAGAGCAAGCAAUACUUCAAGAAGGAGGAGGGCGAAGGUGGUGGAUCAGGGGCUGGUGGGCGGGGCAUGUGCAAGAUGGAAGGCAGCGUGGAGGAGUCUGAGGACUCUGACAGCCAUGCCUCCUUCAACCAAGAGCAGAUCAUUGUGGAAGUCAACCUCAACAACCAAACUCUGAAUGUAUCCAAGGGUAUGGAGGGCAAGCCCUCCUCAACAGAGACCACUGCAGUGCUAGAUCACUGCCACGGAGAGGAUCAGGAAACUGAAGAAGAGGAGGAAGAUGAAGAAGAAGAAGAGGAAGACAACGAGGAUGAUGAUGAAGAUGCAGAAGUAGGAGAAGAGGAGGAGGAGGAUCAGAGAGAGGAGGAAGGCACCAGUGAAGAGGGUGAAGAAGAAAGGGAGGAAGAAGACAUCCACAACAUUAUAGAAGAGCGGAAGGAGAGGUUGGAGAGACCCCGCCGGGGCACCAGGGUCUCAGCAAAUGCCGUAGCAACCAUCUCCACACGGCAGACCCUGAGCGCUACCACCAGGGCCAGCAAGGGCCGUGGGAGGAAGAGGAAGAAAGACCAGGAGAGCCUGGGCCAGAAGGUGAAGCUGGAGGAGAAACAGCACUUCCCCUGUAAGAAGUGCCCACGUGUCUUCAACAACCGCUGGUACCUGGAGAAGCACAUGAACGUCACACACAAUCGCAUGCAGAUCUGUGACAAAUGUGGCAAACGGUUCCUCUUAGAGAGUGAGCUACUGCUACACCAUCAAACUGACUGUGAGAAGGCCAUACAGUGUGUUACUUGUGGAAAGGGCUUUAAGAAGCUGUGGUCUCUACACGAACACAACAAGAUAGUCCACGGCUACGCCGAGAAGAAGUUCUCUUGCGAGAUAUGUGAGAAAAAGUUCUACACCAUGGCCCAUGUCAGAAAGCACAUGGUUGCCCACACCAAGGACAUGCCAUUCACGUGUGAGACGUGCGGGAAGUCAUUCAAGCGCAGCAUGUCCCUGAAGGUGCACUCACUGCAGCACUCCGGGGAGAAGCCCUUCAAGUGUGAGAACUGCAGUGAGAGGUUCCAGUAUAAGUACCAGCUGCGUUCCCACAUGAGCAUCCACAUCGGACACAAGCAGUUCAUGUGCCAGUGGUGUGGAAAGGACUUCAACAUGAAGCAGUACUUCGAUGAGCACAUGAAGACUCACACCGGAGAGAAGCCGUACAUCUGUGAGAUCUGUGGGAAGAGCUUCACCAGCCGGCCCAACAUGAAGCGUCACCGCCGUACCCACACGGGCGAGAAGCCCUACCCCUGUGACGUCUGCGGCCAGCGCUUCCGCUUCUCCAACAUGCUCAAGGCCCACAAGGAGAAGUGCUUCCGCGUCAGCAACCCCAUGAUCUCCGAGGUCAACCCGCUAGGCCUCAAUCCCGCCUCCCCGGUUGAUGACUCAACAACCAAUCAGGCAGUAGCGGGGCUAGUGGUUGCGACAGGGGCAACGACAGCUGAAGGCAUGCCUGGCCCCCACUCGCACUCUGGCACCCCCCUCUCCCUCCCCCUGUUCCACUCAAUGGGAGGGCUUCCCCCACCCCCUCAGCUGCCCCCACCUCCACCACUUUUCCCAGCCGGAAGGAUUAACUCCAACAACAAUUAGUAAUUAGUAAGCAUUUAGAGCUUCCAUGUUGAAGUCCACCCCACCCAGGAGGACAGUCCUGAAGUACGAAAGUACAGGCCAUCCAUAGCCGUGUUUUUACUCAGUACACCGUUGUUUCAGAGGAUUCUUGUGAGAGAUGAAAACAUAU